CCCCAGUUGGUGGCAAAGGUCUUUUCAGCAAAAGGCGGCACCGAAUCAACUGUAGCAAGGCAUCUUCAGAGAAGAAUCAGCAGUACUGGACAAGUGUCGACAGGACCAGAAUCUCAUCAGCUUGAGCCCAGACACAAUACUUCAUACCACUCAGAACGACAGGAAUACACCAACUACACCAUGGAGAUCAUCAAGGCCGACUCUGCCAUGCUCAGUAACUAUGAGGUUCUUGCCCUCUUGAACGACCAAAAAGCACAGCGUCAGGCAAACGAGGUCGCAGGCACCCGUGAAGUUGCUGAGAAUCUGCGCACAGUCGAGUUUGAGGUUCAGAAAUACCUGGGAGCAUCACCGUGCGCAACACAGUCGCCAGAGCAGAUCGCAGCUCUGAAGAAGGCGUUUGCAGGAUACGAGCUUAUGAAAGUGGAACUAUUACAGAUCUUGAAUCUCAGGCCAAAGUCGGCCGUUGAGCUGAUCCUGGUGAUCGAGGAGUUUGAGGAGCGAUUUCAACUAGAGGAUUGCGAAACGAUGCUCGAAAUUAUCGCCAAAGCCUUACCGAGAGAUGAUGAUGAGGAAAUGGGCGAGGCAGAAGACGAAGGAGAGCACGGAGAUGUAGCAUGAUACAAGAGUAAUUCCGUUUUUACUUUGAUGAGCUGUCAAUGCAUUAAAGACCAUGUACCAUAU